UCCCCUCUCCCUCGUCCCUCCCCACCAAAAGUCCAUUUCCCUUGAUCACAUGCCUCCGUUUUUCCACCCUUUUUCCCCUUUCCACGAAACCACCCUAUCCUCCACCUCGGAAUCUCUCUAGCCCUAUAAAAAAAAGGGUAAAAAAACCACUCCCAUCCUCUCUGUGGUUUUCCCCUUGUAUAGCUAUAAAGCUGAACACCUUCACCUCAUUCACUUCGAUCCCUCCCUCCCCCUUGUUCUUAGUUGGUCCCUUUGGCUCUCUCUCUUGGUCUGGUUUUCCCCUUGUAUAGCUAUAAAGCUGAAAAGCUUCACCUCGUUCGCUUGCCUCCCUGCCCCUUGUUCUUAGUUGGUCCCUUUGGCUCGCUCUCUUGGUGUGGUUUUCCCCUUGCAUAGCUAUAAAGCUGAACAGCUUCACCUCGUUGGCUGGCCUCUCCCUCCCCCUUGUUCUUAGUUGGUCCCUUUGGCUCGCACUCUUCUUGGAGAUGGAGCGGUUAAGCGUCCACCAAAAGAACACCAAGCCUGCAGCCAAGGCCAAGAAGAAGCCCAUCAAGGUGGUGUACAUCUCCAACCCCAUGAAGGUCAAGGCGAGCGCCGCCGAGUUCCGCGACCUCGUCCAGGAGCUCACCGGCAGGGACUCCAACGUCGCCUACCUCUCCAGGCUCCCCGACGCCGAGGAUACCGGCGAUCCCCCUCCGGCCCCUGAGUCAAGCUCCGGGGCCGCCGCUGGGCCCAGCCCUGCCGCAAAUCGAAGCUCGAAUCCAUGCGAUAACGCGCUGAGGAGCGCCGCAAACUCGGAUCUGUUUGAGAUGUUCGACGAGACCUUCAAUCCACAGAUGAUGGAGAAUCUUCAGGGCUUCUCGCCGUCGCCUCUAUACUACGGCCACGGGCACCAGAGUCAAGGCUUCCGCGACUACGAUGCAUCGUGUGGCGAGCAAGGUUAAUUAGUUUCUUAAGAUUCGAGUGGCAUGAGAUUGAUGAUCUCAUCUCUUGUUAUAUAACUAUGUUUGUGAUGGUGUUUAUAAAUACAUCGAUCGUAAUUUAUUAUUUGAUGCACCACAAAUAA